AUGGACAAGGCUUCUCUUCUUACUUUCACAAAACCCUCGGGGCAAAAAACAAAGAAACGAUACGGUUUCGCCACCUACUCGUCCGGCAUGCUGCCGUACCCGGACCCGAGCCAGUUCGACUACAGCGCCUUCCUGGGCGGCGACGGCGCGAUGCAGUUCCAGGACCUGACGCCGCCGCAGAACCAAGCGGCGCUGGCCCAGUCGCCCGGCCAAGUGACGCCGCCCAGCUCGGAGAGCAGAAGCCCUCCCAGCAGUGAGGUUGCUCGUCGUGCGGCAAACGCCAAGCAGCGCCUGGAGCGAAGAGGCCACACCAAGAGCCGUCGCGGCUGCUACAACUGCAAGAGACGACGCAUCAAGUGUCAGGAAACGCAUCCGGCAUGCGGGCACUGCGUCAAGACGGGCCUAAAGUGCGAGUAUCCUGCAGCGCCGCAAAUCAUUCAUCAGCCGCAUCAUCAAAUCCCCCUGUUUAGCUUACAAGACAUGCGCUUCUUCCAGCAUUUCCUGACGCAGUGCUACCCGCACCAUCCCCUGAAGCAGGAGGAGGUCUGGACGCACGAGAUCCCCUGCAUCGCGCACAACCACGAGUUCCUGAUGCACGCCAUCCUCGGCUUCGCGGCGUCGGAGCUCGUGCACCAGGACGGCACGCUCGUCGCGGCAGCCAUGAACCACCGCAUCAAGGCCAUCAAGGCCAUCAAGAAGCGGCUGGCCGAGUCGGCCCGGACCGAUACCAGCUACGAAGAGGCCAACGCGCUGGUGGCGACGUGCUUUGCGCUCACGUUCCAGUCGGUCAGCCUCGAGGACGGCAUGGCCGAGUACAUGACGUUUAUCCGGGGCAUCGUGAUUGUGGGCAUGCAGAUGAGCUUCCGCAACAUUGCGCCCGUCUUCACGACGCUGUUCGACAACGACCCCAACGAGCACCUGGCCACGCAGAUGGAGGACCUGCCGCUCAUCGAGAGGGCGUGGGUGGACGCGGCGGUCGGGGCGCUGGACGGGCUCAAGCCGCUGUGCGGGACGCAGCUCGAGGGCGAGUACCGCGAGCAGCUGCUGGGCAUUGCGGAGAAGCUCUACGAGAAUUCCUUUGAGGCAUACAAAACCAACUCGAAACAGUACGGAUGGUGGAUGCUGCUCCCGCACGGCACGUUCCAGGAGCUCAUCAACAUGCGGAACCAGACCAUGGUGCUGCUGCACACGCACUGGAUCGCGCUGUCGCAGAUCAUGGCGUUUAUCAACGAGCAGGAGAUGAGCGUGCGGCAAAAGUACCCGUCGAGGCAGGAGAGCAGGAUGGACCCGGGGUUCCUGCGCUGGCUCAAGUAUCUGAAUGCGCGCGUCGACUACCAGCAUCAAAUGUACAACCAGUGGCCGAUGUGGGUGGAGGAGCAGCUCGAUCGGGACCUGACCUUUUUCGGGCGGAGGGCGAGUUGA